UCGGCCUGGAAGCCGCCGUGUGUAAUCUGGAGAGCCGUGCAAGCUUCACCUAGACACCUACUCAUCCAUCGUAAGUCAUGACCUGUCUGUUUCUGGCCUGCUGACAAUCUCGCACUGCCAUCUUCCCAAUAUAAUCCAUGGAUAUACAGACAGCACGACAAAUCAAACUGAAGGACAAAAUGGCAUCCAUGAAGCUGCUCUCCCUCACCUGCAUCCUCCUCCUCUCCGGGCUUGUCGUGUUCGGCGAGAUCGGAGGGGUGGCGGCGGCGGCGGAGCCGUGCCCGGUGGUGUGCAUCCAGGGCGGGUACAUCACCUGCGACAACUACCCCUACCAGAAGCUGGACGGCUGCGACUGCGAGUGCGCGCCCAAGGACGGAAUCAACUGCGUGCUCCACCACCUGGUCACCGGCGACACGUUCAAAUGCCCAGCGCAGGCGUAGGCUUUGGCUGGAGCCUCGCAGGGGUGAUACAAGCUCACCCUUGCUGCUCGUGGUUUCGCUGGUUUGUACAAGGCAUCGUGAUCAUCUGAAUAAUAUUGUCGCUUGUUGUUGGUGAAGUAUGUUUGGUAAAAAAAUUGAUGAUAGUGAAGUACUCCAUGACAGCCAUGCGCUUA